UGUUGAUCAACCAUCGCUUGCGGGUUGUCAGUUGUUUGUUUGGCUCGUCCGGGAGAGCUUUUUGUGCAAUCAGAUGCAUUUCUUUCCAGUCCUUAAUCACCAGGUCUUUGUGCGUGUCCUCUGACCUACUCUUGCAUGAACUUCGAGAGGGUGACGAUGACCGAUGCCCAAGGGUUGGGGGGAUGAUGCGACUCAAGAUGUGGUCGCAUAAAAGGUGGCCGCUUGGACGAGAGCAGCGCAGCCAGUCUGGACGCGUUGAGCAAGCAUAGCUGAGUAACUUCGAUGCAGGCUGCAGGCUGCAGGCUACAGGCCCCGAGCCUGCUCGCCUGCACCCACUCAACUGACCUGACUUAAGGUACACCACGGUGGCCGCCCGCCCAGCCAGUCACCAGCCCAGCAGGAAGGAUUUUGGGUUUGCUGCCCAAAAGGAGCUGCAAACGAGGAAACAGCUAGGAACGAAACAGAGGUAGGUUGAGGGCCCGGCGAUACGCGAGAAGGACAUUGAGGAGGAGAAAGAGAGCGCGAGAGAAGGGAUCCUAAGCACUUCGGACAGGCUCUGAAAGCAACCGGAAAGCAGAGCAAAGCAUCCAAUCCCAACCUGGCAGUUUGCAGCCCACCAACCGUCAGCGCAGCCGCAGAAACCUGGAUAAUCGGGAGGAGAAUGGCGGAAUCUUGUUUGAUCAAUCAGUGAUGAAGACGCCUUUGAUCCUGCUAUUCCAGGUUCUGCAGUCGUUAUGCUUGUCCCCCGCUAUCGUUGCUGCUUUUUCCGCUCUCACUGCCGAACUGAGACUCUGUGCAUCUGCCACUGCAACUGCAACUGCGCCUGCACCUGCGCCUAGCAGUAGUAGUACGGCCUCUCUACUACAGUACUACCACCACCACCAGCGCCACCAAACACUUUCUUCACGCUCACAUUCUCCCUGCCCACGCCCAUCGGGUCUUGCCAGUGGGCAAUCAGUCAAUCAUAUCAAGCAUCAUUAUUCAGGCCAUCAGGAUCUCUACCUCACCGCGGCCCUCAAUCAAUCAGCUUCCCCUUCUCGCCGUCUCUCCACCUCCUUGGCUACUCCUCCGGGUCGACCAGCCACAACCUCCUCUGGACCAUCCUCCUCUUCCACCUCCCGCCGAAUCCCUCUGCGACUCGCCCGCCCACCUGGAAACGGGGCCUUGGGUCGUCCUUCGGGCUCUUGUUUCUCAUGUUGGUUUUUGCUGCCUCCACUCGGGUCCGGUAUGGUACUGUAUCCAGCCCUACAACUUGGCCCACGUUCAAUACCUACUAAAUCGGCUUCGGCGCCUCCCAUUCUUCUUCCCUAGCCAGACCAUUUUACCUUCAUCUGGUCAACGGAUCUUUGUCUUCUCAAUACUCUUGUUGUGGUUUCUCUAUUUCAUCUCCAUGAUGAUCACCCAACCUACUAUCACGCUCAAUCGCACCUAAAAGCCUCUGCCAUUUCUCGGGCGGAAAAAACUUCGACCACCGCCAUUCUUCUCCACCUUCGCUCACCGCCUUUUAUCCAUUAACCGGCGGGCACACAACAAGCAGGUGCUAUUUCGAUAUCUCUUGCAUCCAUGGCGAUGCAUUACUCGCAGCAACCGUACUAUCUGUACGGUCAACCUCAGUGGCCCGACGACGUCAAGCCGGCCCUCACCGAAGACGAUGCCUCUGUGCUGGACGAGCGAGUGCUUGAUUCCUCCACCCCAGCCGACAUGGCAGCGGCUGCUCCCCUAGAACCUCGACGUUCUUCAAUAGUGACCAAGGUUGAAGACGAUUACGUCUCUCCACAUGUGUGGCAGGAACGCCCCCUCAGUGUCAUGCCUCCCAAUCGACACUACUCGCUGUCCUCUGUGCCUCUAUCCAGCCCCCAUGGCCAAUUCCUUGGCCAAGGAAAUUCUGCAACCUGCGGGCCAGACUUCGUGCAAACUCAACCAUGGGCCCUCUCUGCGCGCUCUGAGAACAACACCCCGACACCAUUCUUCGGAGCCGUGCAAGGGCCUUUCAGUCAGCAAGCCCAAUGCAACCCGGGUCAAUUCAACUUCGCCAAUUUCCAGCAGCAGGAACCGGCUUCAGCCAUCUCCAUGUCGCCUCAAUCCAGUCAGGGCGGGUGGGCGUCGACCACCUCCUCCGAAGCUGCUGAAUCGGCACACGCUGUGCGACAUCCCAGAUACAGGGCCACCUCGCCCGUGUGGGUACAGAGAUCCGACGGCGUGAGAAAGAAGAACGCCAAAUUCGAGAUUCCGAAGGACAGAAACUUGGGAAACAUUGAUUCGCUCAUCAUGCAAUGUACCGACGAAGACCAGAAGAAGGAGCUCAAACAACAAAAGCGUUUACUGCGAAACCGCCAAGCUGCACUCGACUCUCGUCAACGCAAGAAAACCCACACCGAGAGGCUGGAGCAAGAGAAGAAGCUCUUCGCUGGUCAAAAAGCAGAGUUGGAAGAGACAAUUGCCCACCUUGAGAGCACCCUCCGUGCCGAGAGAGAGCAAUGGAUGCAUCAACGCCAGCAAUACGAGCAAUACAUCUGCCAGCUGCAAUAUGACCGGGAUGAGGCCAUUCGCACAAAGACCCUCGAUACCGCCGAACUUCGACGCAUGAACAAUGCCUUGAAAGAGACCGUCAAGGAUCUCGAGCGACAGAAUACACGUGGCUUCUCUGCUAAUGGGCCGGAGAAUCUGACUGGUGACUUUGCCGGCUUCCGGUCCCUGGACAUCGACGAUAAUUGGGAAGACGAAUUCAGCCUUAUCAACACCGAAGACCUGAAGAUGGAGGAACCUGACGAUUUGCAGAGGCAGGCCACCCCACGGCCUCCGACUUCUUCUACACAGGCCGCCCCAUCUGUUCACGGCACAAAACUACAAGAUGCCAAGGAUGAUACCGGCUUCAGCUGGAACACUUUUUACUUGUGUCUACUCGCCGGAGCUUUUAUCGUGUCCCAAGCUGGAUCCAAGACUACAUCGGCGACUUCAUCCGCUGCCGUCGUCACCUCCCACAUGCCAAUUUUGUCGGACGACUAUCGUGCUGAAGCUGGCAAUGUCCUGAACGCCGUCCUUGCGUCAGGACCAGAGGCAGCCCACGAGGUUUUGCCUACUAGGCCUGCACAGCCGUUGGAUCAUAGCAACUAUCAAUCCACUAUGUCCCGAGCCGAUCUGGCUCAGAUGACUCCACCACCCUCUGGGAAUCCCCUGAGCAACCUGCAUGCGGAUCUCACCACGCCAUCACGUCAACAACGAGUUGCCGGCGCAUUUUCACUAUCGGCUGCUUCCUACAAUCACAUCGCGAAUGCUGACGGUGCCUUCGACAAUGAGGAAGAAACAGUUGCGGAGCCGAAACCGACCCGACUACAGCAAUUGUAUGCGCAGAUGCAAGCGGAAAACGACGGGAUGGAGAAGCGCAGCGGGAUAAGCAGCAAAGCCCGUGAAAGAAGCGUACUACUUGAUCGAGUACCGGAGCAGGUCCUUCGAGACUUCCGGGAGUUGAUUGCCCGUGUGGGAUAAGGUCGAGAAUACCAUUGCCUUUGCAUUGGAGCCACACACAUCUCCCCACCCGCCAACAGCUUCUUGAUUCCGAAAGGGCUUUCCUCCAACUCAACAAUGUACUGGACCAGAGGACAAACAUUAAACAUUACGACUAACGAUUUCAGUUCAGUUUUUCUUAGCCAUUCUCAGUGCGGGCUGUUUUGAAAGAUUGGUCUUUCGUUCUGCGCACACUUGGCGAAAGAUGAUCGGCUUCAGGGCACAAUUUCCUUACUUGUGGUCUUUGCGAAAUCCUUUUGUGGUUUGAAUGAAUGAUAUGACGACUAUGGUCACGGCCUUUUGACAGCAAUCUUUACUUAGGAAAGGAAAUGGAUGAGUACGAAACCAUGUCGAAUGAACGGGUCUACGACUGAGGGGUUUCCAGGAGCUAGCAUGGUCAAGAGUUGGGAGUAUCAGUAGUAGGAGUACAAAUCAAGGACGAAAGCGAUUCUGCUGAGGUCCGGGGGUAACGUGGGUUACGAUGAUGAAUGAUGCAUGAUGUCAAUGAUGAGUACAGAUCUUGAUGGAAUUUAGAGAUUGUCAGAAAGAAACAUGCCACUGCAGAGAUGAGAUAUUGCAUGAAUGAGCUCGCGCAACCAUAUGGCAGCAGAUCACCAACGACGCUUACGACACACGAUGAUUGGAGAAAAAGGGGAGGUAUGCCACCAUACACUGAAUGGUGCGAUGGAUCGGAGAGGGAAUAAGCAGGAUACUGUUAUGUUAUGACAUGGUAUAUUUUGUACGGGAAAUGAAUGCAUAUGCACACGCACACCGCCAUUGUACAGUAAUACCCAUUUAUUUCCUAGGUAUGUCGUCC